CGCCGCACUCUGGAUGCUAGCAUAUGGAGUAACUGGUGAUUAUGUGGAUGAAUAUCUAAGGCUCUCUGAAAGCACAGCAAUGGAUAGUCUAAAACUGUUUGCUCAAGCAGUGGUUUCUCUUUACUCCGAUGUGUACUUGAGGUCACCAACAAAUCAUGAUAUUGCGAGAUUGCUAGCGGAGGGCCGAAUUCGUGGUUUUCCUGGGAUGUUGGGGAGCAUCGACUGCAUGCACUGGAAGUGGAAAAAUUGCCCGACAUCAUGGAGAGGUAUGUAUUCUGGCCAUAAACGUGAAGCAACUAUUAUCUUGGAAGCAGUUGCUUCAUAUGAUCUUUGGAUAUGGCAUGCAUUUUUUGGGUUACCUGGGUCUAACAAUGACAUCAACGUGUUGGAUAAAUCUUUUAUAUUUACUAAGCUUGCUCAAGGGCGUGGUCCUCGAGUCAAUUACUCUAUUAAUGGUCAUGACUACACGAUGGGAUAUUACCUUGCCGAUGGUAUAUACCCGCAAUGGUCAACAUUUGUAAAAACAAUCUCAGCCCCACUAGGAACCAAGAAGAAACAUUUUGCUGCAGCACAAGAGUCUGCAAGAAAGGACGUAGAGCGUGCAUUUGGAGUGUUGCAAGCACGAUUUGCAAUUGUGCGUCAGCCUGCACGAUUUUUCAAAAUACCUGAGCUCAAACAAAUUAUGAAAGCAUGCAUAAUUCUCCAUAACAUGAUUAUUGAAGAUGAACAAGACACUUUGGACUUCGAUUAUGAACAACUCAAUGCAAAUCCUCUUGAACCAGUGUCGCACAAUGACACAGAUAAGCUUUCGAAGUUUAUUUGUAAUCGUCAACGUAUUAGAGACUGA